UCUCUCGAAACGAAGGCUCACAAACAUGAAGAACAAGUCGGUGGAGGACCGUUUUCCGCAAAUGAAGAGCUUCCACAGGAGGCUGCGCCAGCUGCUGCAGGAACCACCCGUUCGCCGGGCCGCUGCUGGGGGCGCCGCCGAGAACAACUGCGCUGCGAUCGUUCCUGUGGAAUCGCCCCUCCACGGGCGCUUCAGCCUGAAUGCGCGUUUCAACGUCGACCAGGUUGGACUCGCAUUCGUCAACGGCCUCGACUCGACGUGGGACGAGACGGGAGCUUUGCGAGUGCAAAUUGGGCAGCCGUUCCCUGGUCUUGAGAAGCGACAGUGCACCGUCAACUGUUUCAUCGGAGCUGGAGACAAGUUGAUGCGGACCGUGGUCAUUUUCCGCGGCAAAGGCAAAGUCUCGGCGGUGGAGAAGGCGGCGUACGACCCCGGCGUGGACGUGCUCUUCCAGGAGAACGCGUGGAUGGACGGCCCAACGUGCAUGGCGUGGGCAAAAAACAGCUUCCUACGCAGCAUCAAGGGGGAGGAAGGUGUCGUUCCAGAGGAGCAGUCCAUCCUUUUCGCGGACAACCUGCACGCGCAGACAACGGACGAGUUCAAGAAAUUCCUUCACGGCGAGUGCAACACGCUGCUGCGGCUACUUCCCCCCAAGUUGACCGACGAACUCCAACCGGUCGAUGCCGGCUAUGGACGCCUCCUCAAAGUCGAAGUCGCUGGUGCAAGGCGAAUCCUUUUCACGCGAUUCACUGCAAGGGCGGUCGCCCGAAUGGGCGCUCGGCCUGGGUACCGCCAUCGCCUGUUCGAGAAGACCGGACUGACGAUGACGGCAGACGGGUCGUUGGACGACCGCAUCACUCCGGAGGGUGUAGUUGGGGCGUACAACUUCAUGGACGGGGGCACGAGCAGUGAAGAGGAGAUGCCCGAUAGGAUGAUGAGGUCGGCGACGACGAUGGGAGGGCGGGCGGCGGCGAAUCAAGCUGCGACGGCGACGCAAGCGCAGAUGAUGAUGCUAGACAGCGACGAUGACGUCGACUCCGACGAUGACAUCAUCGCGAUGGAGCUUCCGGUCGGAUUCUGUAUUCAAGAGUCUCCUCCAGAAAAGCUGGAUCGCGCAUUGAUCAAGCGUUGCGUGUUCUUGAUUGAGCCGGCGGGGGUGUGUGAGGGUGAACAGCCACGCCGGCAGGGCAGUAGGGCGCGAACCCCCAACGUUCGCAACAUUGACCAGCCGGGAUAG